ACAUGUUUUUCUCCCUCUAAGUGGAGUUUCGCCAAAAUUCUAACCACAAUCCCACUCGUCAACAUUUUGACACCUUCCAGGCUUCCCCUCUCUUGGCUUUCCCAUCCUAAUUCUAAAUGGUUGAAAAACGACAUUGGCAAGCCACCAGAAAAUAGUUGACAAAUCUUACGUUUUCUAUCAACAAAAAUGUUAAUUUAGAACUCCCUCAAAAUCUCUACACCUUUUUUGCCACUUUAUACCCAACUCUAGUGAGAAAAGAAGGCAAUUUCAGGCCGAUUUGCUUCAUAACAUGUGAACAAAAUGUACUAUAUAAACCCACCAAUCUGCUCAAACCCUCCAUCACCUCAAUCUCAUUAGUCACUAAUUCCACCUUAAUUACAUUUCUCUAAUCUCCUUCUUCAAGAAUUUGAAGAUGGGUUUCCGUGUCUCUUCGCAAGGGCUUGUUUUGAUUGCCGUAGCUAUCUCUUUGUUGGCUGUUUGCCAAGCCAAAACUGUCGUUGUAGGAGGCUCUCAAGGUUGGCGUUUCGGCUUCAACUACACUGACUGGACUCUCAAAAAUGGCCCAUUUUACAUCAAGGACACGCUGGUUUUCAAGUACAGUCCACCAAGCAACGCCGGCGCUCAUGACGUGUACUUGCUGCCGGACCUGUGGAGCUACAUAACAUGUGAUUUCCGUAGGGCAAAGCUGGUGGCCAAAGCUACGCAGGGAGGCGGCCAGGGGUUUAAGUUUGUGCUGAACCAGUGGCGGCCACACUACUUUGCUUGCAGUCAGGGAGCCAACAGGUCACACUGCAAAAAGGGGUUGAUGAAGUUCUUCGCCGUGCCAUGGCCACACUGGCAGCUAUAGUCAAUGCCAGGGACGUGCUAGGCCUCAGGCCGGGGAAGAAGCAGUGCUUUAAUUUUUCUGUUUUUGUGUGAUUUGAUACAUGUAUUCAAUAAAAAUGGAGUCAGGACCAUGAAUAUUUUGUUCAAAUAAAUGUUUCCAACGAUAGGAACUUCGUACGACAUAAGUAUUACAAUCUCUGUUAUGUGUUCGAUGUAUGGCCCGGAGAUGGCCCCGAUUCUGCAGAUGCUUAUUUUACAAGAUCUCAGUCAAGUAUGGUAAUAACUGUUUAA